AGAAACAAACCAUUAACACGAUCCACCUCCCGCGGCGUUCCCGCAAGGGCCAAGGGGAGAGGAAAAUACUUAACACUAUCUCAGGGGUCGAAUGAGAUGACGUCUCAGUGUCCCCUUUAAAAGAGCGGCCUCAUUCCUCGGAGGAAGGACGCCAGUUUACCUCCGCAAAGAUUAGAAGCUGCCGCAACGGUGAACUGUGGCGCAGCCCUGUCGCCUAAGCUCAGGUGGGCGUCGAGAUCGUGGCGCAUCUCCAACAGCCCAAAGAGCGCGAGAACAGUUCUGCGAGUCACGUGACACGGGGCCGCUCCUCGGGGAAAAUCGAGGCCCCCACUCCCAACUCCACCACCGACCCUUAAUGAGUCUCGUUCCACCCCCUCCCUCCCUGGGUACCUGUUUCCAGGCCUGUAAAAUGAGGGCCCUUUUUACACGAUGACGAAAGUGCUUUCCAGCUCCCUAAAAUGGCUAACAACAAACGAGCAGGAGAUACGAAGAACGCUAACGCUCCUCUUCGUCUCUAGAUGUGAGGGUUCAGCAACCGGAAGUUAGGGGGGAGCGUGCGACUUGACAUUGGCCUUAUCUACUCACAACCCCUUCCGCAGGCAAGCGGCACGCUCCGCCUUCCUGAGCUCGGCGUCAGCACGUGACGCGACACCCAGUCCUAAUGCAUCUACCGACGAUCGGCAUUCUUAGAGGCCCUACAAACGCGAGAUUCUCCUCUCGCCGGUGGAUGGCCACAGAGAACGCCAGAUCUCGCGAUCCAAAGUGAUUCCACCCAGCAGAGAGGCAGGGCUAGUUUUCACGCGCUGGCCAGACUCAAGCAGCCGAUUGGAGAGCCGUAGAGCCUGGAGGAAGUGAAGAGGUGGGGAUCCCCCUCUUUCCCCCCUUCCUCUCCCCCACCCCCAUCCCCACUCCCGCAUCAGGCCCCAGCCUGGCUACGAACACCAGCGAGUCCUAAAUCGGAGCAAUCUGCGCCUGCGCCCCCCGCCCGCCAGGCCGGCGGGCCCCCGGGGUUCCAGGUUCGAGCUUCUAGCUGUCCAUGUCCGAGCGUUCCAUGGGCUAGCGGCUUGAGCCACGAUGACGGAUUACAGCGAGGAGCAGCGCAACGAGCUGGAGGCUUUGGAGUCCAUCUACCCGGACUCCUUCACAGUAUUAUCAGAAAAUCCAACCAGUUUCACUAUUACUGUGACAUCUGAAGCAGGAGAAAAUGAUGAAACUGUCCAGACAACCCUUAAGUUUACUUAUGGAGAAAAGUAUCCAGAUGAAAUGCCUCGAUAUGAAAUAUUCUCCCAGGAAAAUCUAGAAGAUAAUGAUGUCUCAGAUAUAUUAAAAUUAUUAGAAUUACAAGCAGAAGAAAACCUUGGGAUGGUAAUGAUCUUCACUCUAGUAUCAGCUGUUCAAGAAAAACUAAAUGAAAUUGUGGAUCAGAUCAAAACUAGAAGAGAAGAAGAAAAGAAGCAGAAAGAAAAAGAAGCAGAAGAGGCAGAAAGGCAAUGUUUCCAUGGCACUCCUGUAACAAUUGAGAAUUUCUUAAGUUGGAAGGCCAAGUUUGAUGCAGAGCUCUUAGAAAUUAAAAGGAAAAGAAUGAAGGAAGACGAACAAGCUGGAAAAAAUAAAUUAAGUGGAAAACAACUGUUUGAAACCGAUCACAAUCUUGACACAUCUGAUAUCCAGUUCCUGGAAGAAGCUGGUAACAGUGUGGAAGUAGAUGAAUCUUUGUUCCAAGAAAUGGAUGACUUGGAGCUAGACGAUGACGAGGAUGAUCCUGAUUUUAAUCCAGUUGAUUUAGAGAGUGACUAGCAACUAGACUGACUAAUGAACUGGUGGUGUCAGCAGUAUGCGAGUCCCCUCCUUGUAUCUCCGCUUGCAGAGAAGCUGGAAUGCCACAGCAUCUGUGGCUUUGCUGAGCGUGUGUUGGUUUCCUUUUCUUUUUUCUAAGAAAAAAAUAAUUUUAAUUUUCAGAAGAAUAUUCUUCUGAUGACUUUCAUCAUUGUGCUUAAUAAAUUGACUUGAAAAUUUCAACUGUAAAGUAUCCAGUGCAUUUUGAUGGCAUCAAGCAGUCUCCGUGUUUGUGAGCAGAAAGGAAGGCCUGCCCAGGCUAAAUGUGACUUCGUGGGUGUCCUCAAUAUGGGGGAAUCCAUGGAGCAUUCCUGGGGCUGUCUCAGAGUCAUGUUUCAUGUGACCAUAGUGAUAAAAUAUAUCCUUUUUGUGGAAGAGAGAGUAUAGAGGUAUGGUAUAUGGAAUCAGAAUAUCAAAAUUGAAUUCUGGCUUUUCUGUUUAGCACUGCUGAUUGCUCUAGGCCUGUUUCCUCAUCUCUAAAGUGAAGAGUUUGAAUUAGGUGACCUUUAAGAUUCCUUCCAGCUCUAAAUUUUAUGAUCCUUUCCCACCCUGCACCUUAUGAGGUCACAGAUUUAAUGCUUGAAGGGGACCUUGGAUGCCCUUUACCCAUUGUGAGGAGACUGACAACAGGGAAGUUAAAGGGACUUGACCAAAGUCACACAGUUAGUGUCAGAGCUUAGGAACUUGGGUGGAGGGGGGCAGUAAUUCCUAAUUGAAAUUAGCUUCCUCGAUUUGCCUUAUUUUGGAUCAGUCUAAUUAAUUCCAGCUAGAGAAGUCAGGAUGGCUAUAUCAUCAUGUGGGUCAGACUUCAGUCUGCCCCCUAAACUCCACACUUUCCUUCUUUGGAGAUAGACCUCAUGGUUAAAAACUAAAAAUGACCCAACUAGAGCUAAUUAAUCUCUGGGGAAUCAUUUGUUCUUUAUGCUUUUCAAGAAAUAUAUGGGGCACCUAUCUUGCCAACACAGUGAAAUGACAGGUGAACCAUUAGUGUGCAAAGGGCAGGCUUCUUUCAGUGCAUAACUCAGAGGACUAACCUGAGUUGUCAUCAGAAGUUGGUAAUAGUGUGGAAGCAGUGAAUCUGUUCCAGGAAAUGAUCCACAUAGCUCUUAGUAGGCUGAUUACUUAAUUUGCAUGUGAGUAACUAGGUGGCACAGUGGAUAGAGUGCCUCACCAGGCCUGUAGUCAGGAAGACCUGAGUUCAAAUCUGGCCUCUGAAACUAGCUGUGUGACCCUGGGCAAGUGACUUAACCCUCUCUGCUUCAAUUUCCUCAUCCGUAAAAUGAUCUGGAGAAGCAAAUGGCAAAUCGCUUCAGUACCUUUGCCAAGAAGAAGCUGAACAGCAACAACAAGGUUUCUUGGGGUAUCACAUAGUAUACUGGAACUUUUUUGAGUUUGAAUCUUGGCUCUACUACAUAAUAACUGGGGUCUUGGUCCAGUCUGUUAAUGUACCUGGGUCCUGUUGACUUCAUCUGUAAAAAUAAAAGAGCGAGAGACUCCUCACUUGAA